AUGAGAGAUAAGUGGAGAAAGAAGAGAGUUAGAAGACUUAAGAGAAAGAGACGGAAGGUUAGAGCUAGAUCCAAGGUCAAAACAAUUCCUCAAUAUGUUGGUCGCUCUUCUCGCCUGCCGCCUGGAUUAUCAAUUACUUUGCCAGCCAACAUUACAAUCAUCAGGUCAACAGGUAAGCUCAGUCAUGUAGAGAGCCUAAGUCAAUUUCCAUUGGGCGGUUCAGGGAACACAGAAAAUGCUGUUGAGAAUCAGCCAGAAAGCACAGUUUCACCAGAAUCUGAGCGAUCAGAUACUCCUAACUUUCAAUGUCAGGCUGGUCCUCGAAGUCCUCCAGAACCAGCGCAUUGCGUUGAACGACCUCAACUACCGACUGGUUUGUUCUUAGACCCGUUUACUGAGUACAUGCUGGACCGUUUGGCUCGUUUCAGGCCACUGGAUGGUCAAAGCAACCCAAACAUGCCGCUUGAUUUUGCUCAUCCAUAUCAAGCCAAUGAUGAUAGUCCUCAACAAUCGCUGUGGACCAAUUGGCUCACUAAUAGGUGGCAGCCGGCUCCUUCUGCUCCGGUAGCAACAACAGCUUUAUCUCCUUUGGUUGAAGGACCGCCUGCGGCAAGUGGAAGUUCUCUUUUCUUACCAAGAGAUGCACCUCAAUUGAUUACUGAAGAGCCGGCGUCUGCGGCACUAGAAGCUACACCGCAAGCUGAAUUAUUGGAGGACAGUAAGACAGAAGACGGGCCGGAGAGUCUGUCAGGUCAGUGUAUAUGGUGUCUAUGUUGA